CGCUAAAUCAACUGUGGUUGAACGAAAAAGGUAAACAAAGGACCGUGCGCGAAACGCGUAAAAUUUUUGAUUCCGCAGCAAAUCGAUUUCCGGCAUUUCCGGGGCACGCAAUGGAUCAUCCUCGACCGUGCGGUUGUAAAGGCCGUCGAACUUGUCUUCACUGCGAAAAGGACUUUGAAAUAGAAAGAGUUGACUUUUUCAAAAUAUUCAAGAACUGUAAAGCUUACUCUUUCUGUCCAUGGUGCAAUAGGAUCUAUCCGGGAUGGGACACAGACAAGAUAAUGGAAGAACACGACCAAAAUCAUGGUGGCGACCCGGGCGAAGACUAUCCGGGUGUGUACAUCGAUACUCAAUUUCUGAGUGAGGCAGAGGAAGCUGAACUGAUGAAGGGUAUCGACGAAAUGCCGUGGGAUAUAUCCCAGAGUGGCCGACGUAAGCAGAAUUUUGGUCCAAAGACUAACUUCAAGAAGACCAAGCUUAGGGUUGGUAGCUUUGAAGGUUUUCCAAAGUUCUCAGAAUUUGUCCAACGAAAGUUCGAUCAAGUUCCUGUGAUGGAAAAAUUUCAAUCGAUAGAACAAUGCUCAUUAGAGUACACACCGGAGAAUGGCUCCUCUAUUGAUCCCCACAUUGACGAUUGCUGGAUUUGGGGAGAAAGGAUCAUUACGGUGAAUUUGCUGAGUGACUCGGUUCUUACAAUGUCCAGAUACCGCAAAGAGAAUGGCAAGAAUCGUUACAAUUUGGAUCUUGUACAACAGUACAGAGAGAAAUUGAUUGCUGACCUGGUAGACGAACAGAUUAUGGAUGGUUUCGACGAUCUUAUAGUUAGGAUUCCGAUGCCAAGACGAUCGCUAUUGGUUCUGUAUGGACCUCCCAGGUAUCAAUGGGAACAUUCAGUUCUACGCGAGGAUAUUACCGAACGCAGAGUGUGUUUGGCUUAUCGAGAAUUUACGCCAAUGUAUUUGGAAGGCGGUUGUGAAUACAGUAAAAGUGAAGAAAUUUAUCGGUUGGCGAAAAACUUUUGGAACCAUUUAAAUUUGUAACAGUUGAAUAAA